AUGGAAGAAAAUAUCGAUGAUAAAUUCUCUAAUUUCAUUUUAUUGGAAUCUUUAAAAGAAGCUCUAAAUCAAAUGAUAGAUGAAUUUUAUGUUGAAAAAGAUGUUGGAAUAAAAAUUUAUAAGGAAGCUUGUAUGAAUAUGAAAAAAGAAAUUGACGAAAAUUCCACCCAACUAGCCGAUGUUAAUAUUGCAGGUCAAUUAAAAAGUUAUUAUUGUAGAAAUGAUAUUUGGACGUUUUAUUUUAAAAACUCUUUAUUUAAAAUUAGUAAAAAUAAAAAAGCAAGAAACACCGCAAAGGAUUAUAAAAAUUACUUACCAUUAAAUUUAAAAACAUACAAAACCUUUUAUAAUAAAAAAGAAAUUUUUUUAAAAUCGUGUAUAGACAAUAAUAAUAUAAAAUUUUUUACAAAUUUUGGAAAAUGCUAUUCAAAAAUAGUUAAUAAGGAAUAUAGCGAAAAUGAAAAUGAUGACAUAUUUUUUUAUUAUGAUGGCUUAAUAAAAAUAUUGUGUGUUGAAAAUUUACCAAUUUAA